AAGUGCGGUUGUGUCGCAGUGGCCAAGCAAGCGUGGUUUUAUGCUACAAAUCCCGAAACUCUAGAAGUAAUGCGGAAUCUUGAUAUUAUGUUUGGUUAACCACUAUCAAGAAUAUAAAAUAGUCUCCCCGCAAAAAUAAAACCAAAAAAAAAAAAAAAUAAAUAAAUAAAAGAAAACAAAAACAAUAACAAAAAAGAUAAACGAGAAAAGCCACCACAAAACUAUAUGUGCUAAAGUUGUUUUUGGAGGAAAAGAAAAAAGGAUAAACACACAAAAAAAAAAAUGAAAAUUCUAUUAGCUUUUACUCGAGUGUAGUGUCAUCCCAAGAAGAAAGUGAAAUUGAAAGAAAUAUUACCCUCACGUUAGGUAAAAUCAAACGCGUAUUAAACAUAGUCGCCAGGAAUUUAUUUGCGUUUGUGAAUAUUUAAAAUUUAACGGCUAUCAUUGUGGCCUAUUGACAUAUUGCAGUUGUAUGCUUCGAUUGCCACAAAGACGCGCAUACUCGGUGCUGUGUGGCAAGGAAUUGUGAAUGAAAACAGCGAGAUAAACUUAAUUUAUUUCUUGGCUGUGCUGCAAACAUCUAAGGAUUUAACAUUUGACUUCAGUCGUGGUUUUGCCAUUUAAAUCAGACAACUGCCAACAAGCAACACAAACAACAUAAAAAACAUGCAUUCAACGUGGCUGUGGUUUGAAAACACCUCAAAAAUAGCUUUAAUCACAAUUGCACUUGCAUUGAUGGUAGCACACGCUACAAGCUCCGUUCCAAAUGUAGAUACAUCCGCGACAACAUCGACAACUACAACAGCGAAGACAUCAUCGCAUGUGAAUUCGCUGGCCGACGAUAUAGAGCAUGAGGAAUUCAUUGAUACCGAUUCGCAGCAGCCACAUUCGCGUAGAAAACGCUUGAUAUGGAUUACGGAUGAUGGACGUCUGGCAUUGCCGCCAGGCACCUCAUUGACAUUUACACCAACCAUUGCCAUGCCAUUGGUGCGACACCCCCCGGAGGGGUUUUUUUCAAAUCUUACCAUAAGUUUUCCCGUCACAAUUGAUUUUGAUAAAUUGGGUUUAACCGAUAAUCAAAAUCCUUUGGGUGAUUUGCCACCCAUAUUUGCCCGCUCUUUUGGCCAUUCGGCUGGUGAAAUGUUAGGUGGUUACAUGACCAAACUAUUGCAUUUCAAACGAAAACGAGAUCUAAGUGAACAGAACAAGCUGCCUAUAACCUCGACAGAUGGGCAUUUUAAUAUCAAGGAACAACAAACAAAUCGUGUUGAUGAUGAUGAUGAUGAUGACGAAGAGUUGCCACAACUGCCUGAACGAUUUAAGCACAUUUUCCAUGGAGGAGAAAGAGUAAUUUUGUAUGGUGUGGUGGAGGACUUUUUGGCCACAUUCGGCAUGAAUGGAAAAGCCUGUCUGCUGCGUACAAUAUGCGAAGUUCACUCAAGAACCGUGGAUCAUUAUGGAGUUUUUGGCGAGAUGGCUAAGUUGUUUUUAACAGUGACAAGAUCGCCAUUCUCCGAUUUGAUUCCGGAAUAUGUCAAAGCUCAAGAAAUUGGUGAGGGUCGAACGGCUCCUGGCGAAUGUUUUCCCUAUUACAAAGAUUGUCCACGCAGUGUAUUCAAGGCAAUGCAGAAACAAAGAUACAGAGAAUCUCAGCGUGGUGAAUAUCACGAACAAGAAGCUGAAGAAAUUUCCAAACCGUUGUUACCUAACCAUAUGGCAGCUGCCGAAAUAUUGGAUCAACAAAUAUUGGAGAAUGAAGUAAAUCCUGAAAAUAUUGACAUCAAACGGAAAAUUUUGAAUACCAAAAGAUCGAAUAGUUUGUACUCGAUGUAAAAACUUUAAAGGGCCCAGCACCGAAAAUGGCAAAACGAAUAUGUUGAGAAUGGGAUCAUUUCUGAUUUGAAUUUAUUUAUUU